UUUUUUUUCUCUACAGCAACCCCGUACACGAAAUAGUUAGUUGCGCGUGAAACCCAGAUUCCUAGCCCAUUUAUCCUCCCGCUUUUUUUCGUUUGCAUCAUGUCGCACCACUCUUUUCUCAUUACCGGCGCUUCAUCCGGCCUUGGGCUAGAGAUUGCUCUCGAGGCCCUCAAGCAGGGCCACGUGGUCGCUGCCGGCGCUCGCAACCCCAGCGAGGCGGCAAAGCAGCAUCCAGAGGUGCAGCAGUUAGGGGGCAAAUGGGUCGAGUUGGACGUGACCCGCGCCGAUACCAAGGAGUCGGUAGCCAGGAUUGUCAAGGACGCUGGGGUUGAUGUCCUGAUCAACUGUGCCGGCUACGGUAUUCUCGGCAGUCUUGAAAACACCGAUGAGGACGAGUUCAUUGCCCAGGUAGACACAAACGCCUUUGGCACCAUGCGCACCAUCAAGGGAGCAUUGCCACACUUCCGCUCCCUUGCGGAAAGCGGCGGGGCCACCAUUGUCAAUAUUGGCAGCCUCGUCACCUACGGGCACUUUCCCGCCUGCUCUGCUUACGGCGCCUCCAAGGCAGCUGUCGAGGGCCUGAGCGAGACCUUGGCCCUCGAGGUCGGGCCCGCAAAGGUGCGCGUGGUCUUGAUUGAUCUCGGCAUCUUCAGGACCCGGUUCCUGCAUGCGGCCGUCAAGCCAAAGAGCGGCCUGGACGAGGCCUAUGUCGGCGGCUCCGUCGAUAACACCGUCUCGUUCCUGGACGGCAUUGCUGGCAAGCAGCCUGGCGACCCAGCCCUUGCCGGUAAGAGAAUCGUUGAAAUUGUCGACGGCACUGGCUUGGCCAAGGAUCUUGCCACCCAGGGCUAUGGCAAGCUCUUGAGGGUUCCUUUGGGAAGCGAUGCUUUUGACGCUCUCAAGGGUAAGGAGGCUAGCCUAGCUGAGAUUCGUGCGGUAGAGACACUGGCACGCAGCACAGAUUUUGCCAACUAGAGUAUGUAUACGUCUACAUGGAAACAAUUCAGUUACUAGUGUUACCUUUUUCAUUGUAAAUCGCAGUCGUAGCAUCUUGGUCUACCAUGUACGGAACUGUGUCCCCGCCGUGAAUGUCUAUGUUUCAUCAAAAAAAGACAUACUGAUGAACAUCCGCCAUGUUACAGUUGCACUGAGAGCACGCAUCUCUUCGUAUACAGAUAGUUCUUCCCAAUUCCUCGGUCCCGAACCUCUGAUUAGAUCAAAGCAACGUAUGCACUCGACUUGAUACAGUAGAGCCACCCUCCUCAAUGAAACGCUGCAGUGAAACGCUGCAGGCCAUCUCCAUAUUUUGUUUCAUAAACAUUUCAGUGCUCUGCAUCACGCCAUUCUAUCAUAAGGCCAAAUGAGAUUAACCAUUCUUCCAUCUUGAGAAAGAAAAAAAUGACAAUGCAGCCAUUCUCAAUAUGUUGUCAUCAGACCAUGCAAGAUGCCCAUGAACCAGGCUAUAAUAUCAGGAAGCUCACGACUGCGAAUGAAUACAGCCAAGCGGAUAUAAAAAAAAAAACAGGGACCGCAAAAUUAAUACUCACAUACAAAGCAGGUUCAUGUACUUGGAGGUCAUGUGAUGUUACAUUUGUGACAAUAUUUUCAACUUAACCUGCAUAUGCAAAUCUCACAAGAGUGUUUCGCAAAGAUGGAACGUGUAAUUGAAAUGUCAAAAAAAUUCAGUAAAUUGAAUUACAGCAAUCUAUGUACUCCGUGUGCCUAUGCCUUGUCGCAAGCGCAUCUAGUCUAAACGACAUCGCUUUUUCGUA